CUUGCUUUCACUAAAGGGUAAGUGAUGAAAACAGUUUCAACACAAGGAUCAUGUCCUUUCUCCCAGAGGAAAGGUACAUAUGCAAAACUUUCUGUGAAACCACGGGGCAAAGGUUUACUUCAUAUUUGCAUUGCCUUUGCAUUGCAUUGCCACUAAGCACUGGCCUUGAGCUCAAAUCCUACACUAACAGCUUGAUUUUGUCACAUCUCUGCUGGAACCAGGAAGUAUGAGCAGAUUAUUCUUUCCUUUUUUUUUUUUAAUAAAAGAAAUGUAACUAAUGUUUCAUGUUGCUUAGUUGUCGGAAAAGUCUGGUCACUUCUUUUUUUUAUUUCAGCAUCUCAAGAGCUCAUCAAUUAAGUCUCUAUGGGGUUAAAAUUAAUCCAGAUGUGUUUACACAGUAUCUGCUUUAAUGCAGUAGGCACAGCUGUUUUUUGGAUGUAUCCUGGCUAGAUUCCAACAUGAGCAGUCACAUUUUCCCUGUCUCUGUACUCCCUUGUAGUUUAUCAACAAGAACACAAAAACUACAAGAACAUUAUUAAGCUUGGUAUUUCAAAAAAACAUUAAUUGAGGUCCCACUGCCAUGAGAGGCAUUUUAAUGAUUGGGUAUUUAUAAAUUCAUCUGAAAUUGUGGGGUUUUUUGCCUUCCAGUUUUUGAACUUUUGGGAUUGGAUUUCAAGUCUUUUCUUGCCAAGGGGAUAAAAGCUUUAAACUGAUAUGAAAGUUUGGUUUAUUCGUAGAAGGCCAGGAGUUCAGGUUUUGGUUUGAUCAAAUACCAUGAAGCUUAGGAUAUAAGGUGACAGCUGGCAGGAUGACAUUAGCCAAUGGCUAAUUGAGAGUACAGGUUGAAAAAGAAAAAGCACAUGCUCAUGUAACUUCUUCCUGAUGGAAAAGGAGGGACCACAGCUUGGCCCAAGGCCCAAAUUUAUUUUUCUUAAAAGAAAAUUUGAAUCUAAAGGGGCAGGACAAUAAUUUCUAUAUUGUUAAUUAGGAAUUAACAAUAUCCAAUUUUUGUUUCUCCUGACAAGGAUAACAGAGGUAGCCAUGCAUCUGCACCGCCAUUAGAUGUUCUUCUGAGGUGUAUUGUGUCUUCCAAUAUCUUGUGGUUCCCUGGUUGCUUGGUGGAGGUGUUGCCAUUUUGUGUUGGGCUUCCUGUUAGAGCUUAUCCUUGAUUAUUGUUACAGAGUUAGCUUAGACGGGAAAGUACAGGAUUGCUUUUGCUUGUGGAAAAGAUGUAACUUUUAUUUGAACUCUGUUCCCUGUGGGAUGUGUAAUGGUAGGAUUUGAGUACUGUGUACCUUUCAUGGCUAGCUGCUAGACAGGGAUUGAACAGCAGGGAUGAAGCGAGCCGUAUCCCUGGAAUAAAAUUGCUUCUGUGUCACCUGAUGCAUUUACGAGUCUGCUAGAAACUUCCAUUUGGAGCUGCGCACAUCUAGGCUUGUCAACAGUUGGCAAGGAUAUUGUCUCUUUUGAUCAUCUAAAGCAGCAGCAUGGCCAAGAAGACAGUAGUAAUACCAGUUCUGGAGAUUCCAUUGCAUAUCUUGAUGUCUUCCUUGAAAGAUCCAACAUGUGGAGUUACCUGAAGGUAGAAGCUUCAUCUUUCUUUUGGAAAGCAAGGUUCUCUCUCUUACGGUUACAAAUGAACUACCAAUGUAAAAGGACUCUAAAACUGGAAGGCAAAACAUAAAAGAUCAACCCAAACUUAAGACUUUAAAGCUAUUCUCAUAAUCUUGGAGACCUCGGUCAUUAUAUUAAAUACGGUUAAAAUGCUGGUAGCUGUUAUAAUUGCUGGACCAAAAUCUAUUUUUCCAGAUCUGUGGUCUCUGUAUUUCGUUAUUUAUUUGUUUUAUACUAAGCAGAGAACAAAAUCAAUGGGGGGCAGAUUUAUCUGUUUGCAAAAUAAAACAACAGCAACACAUAAGUUGUUAUGCAAUGUUUUCUCUAGUAUCCACAUGAUUAAAAACACAAGUUUUUCCUUGUAAUGCAUCCAACUAGAUUCCUUUUCCUUUAACAGUUUUUAUGUUGUUAAGUUGUCCUUCGCAGGAGUUUUCAGGGGGUUUCUGAAUGCAUGGCAUUUGUUAGAGGAAACAAAAAUUGAGAAAACUAUGCUGCCAUUGUCUGGUUAAAUUCAUGUCUGUAUCCGAAGUGCUGCUAUUUUCAGAUUUUGGAGGUCUGCUUACCUUUGCCUCCACUCCAGUCUAGCUGUGAAUUGUAUUUAAGUUCAAAGUUUCUUUUGUCAAAAGCAUAUUUGUGAACUGUGAUUCAGGCUGUAGUUUUAAAGUAAAUGUAAAGUUAAAUAUUUUUUUCAGAGUUAAGAACUUACUGAAAAUUAAUACUGAAGGGAUCUGUGGAUAGCUGUCUCUCUUCUGAUGUGAUGCCUACAGCUAAAAUAAAACUAGUUACAAAGGGCUCCACCCCUGCAACAACUUUAGGCACAGUUUAGAGCUCAUGUGUGUGCUCACACACAGACUACAGAAGCUAGAAACAAUUCCACGGCAGGCGUGCCUGUGUGCAUGCUUACGACUCUGGCUUUCCAAAGCAAAAGUGAAAACUCUUGUGAAGAAACCGAGAGGCUGAAGGGGUUAAAUGAAAUACAACUCUGCUUUUCCUGUGCAGUAAGGAUUAGUAACCAAACAGAAGCAGGAGAGGAGAGCACUGAAGUGUCACUGUUUCAACAAGAUCGAUUGGAAAGAGGGUUCUGGAGCUUGACUGCAGAGUGUCUCCAACUUUUGUGCUCACCUGUCACAGGCACAUGCAGAAGGCAGAGAUGAAGAACUUAUUCCUUCUGCUCAUGCUAACAACGAUGUCACCUUCUGCAUUUUCAGGCCACCGGAUGAAACGGCAGUUUGAUGUCUGGGGGAGCUGGGGUGAAUGGGGCAAAUGCAGUCGGAGCUGCGGCGGUGGAGUCAGCUUUCGGCAACGGCGCUGCUAUUCCCAAAGGACAGAAGGUCCUUCCAGUUGUGUUGGACCAUCACGAAGCUAUCGGUCAUGUAAUGUUCAGAACUGCCCGGAAGGCUCCCGGGAUUUCCGGGCAGAGCAGUGUGCAGAGUUUGAUGGGACAGAAUUCCAAGGCAAGAAAUAUAAGUGGCUUCCAUAUUAUGGAGCACCUAAUAAGUGUGAGUUAAACUGUAUUCCCAAGGGAGAAAACUUCUACUACAGGCACAAGGAAGCAGUGGUAGAUGGGACUACCUGUGAACCUGGCAAGCGAGAUAUCUGUGUAGCGGGAGUUUGUCAGGCUGUUGGCUGUGAUAAUAUGCUGGAAUCUGCCAAGAAGGAGGACAAGUGCCUGCAGUGUGGAGGAGAUGGCAGCACCUGCUAUGGUGUGAAGGGCACUUUUGAUGUGGCCAGCCUCCCCAAAGGUUACAAUCAAAUCUUUAUUAUCCCUAUGGGAGCCACAAGCAUCCAAAUUAAGGAGGUUAUGCCCAGCAGGAACUUCCUAGCCGUCAAGAAUGUGCGAGGGGAGUAUUACCUGAACGGGCACUGGACAAUCGACUUCAGCCGGGCGCUGCAGGUGGCCAGCACGGUGCUGCACUAUGACCGUGGCUCGGAGGGUGAUGUGGCCCCAGAGCUCCUCCAUGCCCGGGGUCCCACCACAGAACCUCUUGUCAUUGAGCUCAUCAGCCAGGAGCCAAACACAGGGGUACAGUAUGAGUAUUACCUGCCUCUGCAAGGACAGGCCUCGGGUUACAGCUGGAGCUACAGUUCCUGGAGUGAGUGCAGCUCCGAAUGUGGAGGAGGUUUCCAGUACCGCUUGGUGUUUUGUACCAUAGACAAUGAAAUUUAUCCGGACUAUAUGUGCAGGAAUAAACCACAACCAGACAAUAACCGGACGUGUGGUCAUCAGCCUUGUCCCCAGACAAAACGGACUUCUUACAUCUACCUGCCGCAAGCCUGGAGUCACAGCAGCGCUCGGAGCUCUCAGAUGAAGAGGUGGAAAACGGGAGAGUGGGGAUCCUGCUCAGCUACCUGUGGCGGGGGCACCCAGACUCGCUCCGUGUACUGCGUGGCCUUUGAUGGGCAGAGCUCGCAGGGGGUGGUGGAUGACGCCGAGUGCAUGGCCUUCGCCCAGCAGCCGCGCCGCAGCCAGCCCUGCAACGUCAGGCAGUGUGCCAGCUGGAGCACGGGGCCCUGGUCCGAGUGCUCAGCCAGCUGUGGGGAAGGAGUCCAGACCCGGACUGUCACCUGCAGGACACAGCAGGGCUCUCAGGCUCAGGACUUCGCUUGUCUAAUGGAGCCAAAGCCAUCAGCCACCCAGCCCUGCCUUAAGGAGAACUGCAUCCAGGAAAUCGGCUGGCACGUUGGAGACUGGGGUCUGUGUUCCAAGAGCUGCGAUUCAGGCAUCCGGACACGCCAGGUCAUCUGUGCUGACGGCGACUCCAAAUUCUACAGUCCUGAGACAUGCAAAGCAAUCCAGCCACAGAAACCAGCCACCCUGGGUAGCUGCAACACACAGCCCUGCUACCUGCCACAGCAGGUCCCCAGUAUGCAGGACACUACGGGAUACAAUGUCACUCGCCAGUCCUUGCUGACACGUUACUACCCAAACAGCCCUGUCCCAGGAGUUCUCUCCCCAGAUUCUGAUGAGGGAAGGAUGCUCCCUGGGAACACCAUGAUCCAUAGUACCUCAGGGAAUCAGCACAUUCCAUCCACCAAAGACCACGGCAUCAACUUGUUUCCUGUCCACUGGGAGCCCCAGUCACACUCAUCACGUUCCUAUCGGCUCAGCUUCUCUCAGGACCCCCCUGCAGGGGUCAGCUCCCAGGACUGCCACCAGAGCCCGCACGGCUGCUGUCCAGAUGGGCACACUCCAGCAUCGGGCCCUUUGGGGAGAGGUUGUCCUUUCAGCACCUGCCACCAAAGCAGGUACGGCUGCUGCCCUGACAGACUAUCGGCUGCCCAGGGCCCAAACAACAUGGGAUGCCCACAAUAUUACCGUGACAUUCAAACGAGACAAAAUCAUCCUACUGUGACCACUCCAGCAGCAAGCCAAGCCUUGUCCCAGCAGCAUCCCUCGGGCGAGUGCCGCGGCUCCGUGUACGGCUGCUGUUUUGACAACGUCGCCUCGGCCUCAGGUCCUCGAGGGGAAGGAUGUCUCAAUAGGCCCAACUACCCGUACCCUGUCAUGUGCCUGCUGCCCAGUGCCCAUGGCCCCUGCACCAACUGGACCACUCGCUGGUACUUUGUGGGAGUUGUUGGCAAGUGCAACCGGUUUUGGUAUGGCGGCUGUCAGGGCAACAAAAACAGCUUUGCCUCGGAGGAGGAGUGCAUGAGAGUGUGCCACAGCUCUGUGGGGGUCAGUCAUCUGGAGCACCAGCCCUCUCCUGGCACAGGAGCCCUGCAACACCAGCAGACUGGCUCCAAUUCUCAUACAGGACGUGCUCAGGGUCAGCAGCAAUCACCCACAAGAGAGACUGCAAGUCACAGCCAAGAAGGAAGAACCUAUGGGGCUUCACACCCCACACAAUACAGCCACAGACAGGACAGCUGGAGAAGAGACAUGCUGCCAGAGUCCUUGCCAAGGACUGGUGUGCUGGAGAGCCAGCGCUGGGGCACCCAGCGAAGCAGACUGGACAUCCUGGGCCAGCUGCGCCCCUGGGAAACAGCAGUGCCUGGGCCCUCGGACAGGCAGAGCAGCAGUGGCCAGCAGGUGCUGCCCCGGGAAGGCAAGCAGUGGCGUGAAGUUUUUGGAGCAGAUGUUUCCAUGACAGAGGGAUUUGGGCACCGGGAGUCUGCAGACUUGUUCCCAGCACAAUCUCUGCACAGAACAAUCCUGGAGGAAGCCAAGCCCUCUCUUGUGACAGCAGUUGUGGGACAAAACAUCCAGCUGGUCUGCAAGACAGGCAUGUCUCCCCUCUCCAGAGUGGAGUGGAUGAAGAACAGCCGCCCGGUCUCCUCUGACAGGCACACCUACCAGUCCGACAGCUCCCUGGUGAUCAGCCACGUCAAGCCCGAGGACGCUGGGACCUACACUUGCCUCACUUCUGACGGGAGGAUGGAGAGCCGAGAGAUUCAGCUACAGAUCACAGAGCACCAGAGCACUGUUCUGGCAGAGGGUGAGAGAGGUCGGGUCCUUCACAAGGCAGAUCAGCAGUACCGAGGGUUAUCCAGAGGCAGGCAGGCUGUGCAGGCAUCCGGCUCCUCUGUGCAUCAGCAGCUCACGUACAGGUUGAAAAUGGAUAAGAGCGAGCCCACAGUAGUGGAGGCCAAUGUUGGGGAGAGAGUCAGACUGCCCUGCACAGCAGAAGCAUCACCAGCUCUCACCAUCGAGUGGCAGAAAGAUGGGCAGCCCCUCUCCUCUCCCAGGCACAGGCAGCAGUCGGACGGGGCCCUGGUGAUCAGCCGGGUCAGCUCUGAAGACAUCGGCUUCUUCACCUGCAUCGCCUCCAACGGACGUGACCGGGACCAGCGCCAGGUCCUGCUCCGACCUCUAGGAGAGCUGAGGAUCACUGGUCUUCUGCCAAGCAUCACGGUACCUGAGGGAGGGACUGCUCAUCUUCAUUGUACAGUGACUGGCAACAAUGUGAAUAUAAGGUGGUCAAGGAACGGAGUUCCCAUGCGGGGGGAUGGCCGCCACAUCCACCUGUCCCAGGAUGGAAGCCUGGCUAUAAGCAACGUCCAGGAGGCUGACGAGGGAUCCUACACGUGCAGUGCCUACAGCAGCAGCAGCUCUGUCAGUGCCAGCACGGAGGUGAAGGUGCUGAGGAGCAGGCCUAGCACUACUGUGAGUCAUGUUGUGGACCUGAGCAGAGAGUGCGUGGACCAGCCCCACCUUGCCAACUGUGACCUGAUCCUGCAGGCCCAGCUCUGUGGUAACGAGUACUAUUCCAGCUUCUGCUGUGCCAGCUGCGCUCGCCACCGCCCGCAGGGCAGCCCCCCACACCCCCGUGGGUGACAGCCACUGCCACGGAGACCCAUGACAAGACUGGAGGUCUCAACUCUGUUCUUUUACUGCAUGGGACUGUUCUAGGAACUCUGCCCUGCUGGAAAGCUCAAGAGGGUGAAUUGAACAGCGUGUAUUGGGCGUAAAUGCUCAGAGGUGGGAAACCCACCACCCUCAGGCUUAUUGUAAACUCCUUUUCCCCCCUGUAUGCCUUGCUGUACCUAAUCCAUCUCUUAGGGGUAGUUGCUGUCAUUCACAGAAUCAGAUGAUGCAAUGAUGAUGUGA